AUGUAUGACACUUCUAAGGACUGGGCUGAUUUAUGGAGGCCUGAGCUUGCAGGGAAGAUCUCAAUGGUUGAUUCUCCUAGAGAGGUUGUUGGUGUAGUACUGAAGUGUAUGGGGGCAUCAUAUAACACCAAUAACAUUGACUCUCAAGUUGCUGGUGGGAGGAAUGCUGUGCAGCAGAAGCUUGCAUUGCUUGCAAAACAGGU